AUGUCAGAUUCCAGUCGGAACAGCUCUCCCCAGACGUAUAAACCCGUCGUCCCUAUCGAUCUCAACCUUGGUUCCUAUCACAGCGCAAUGGGUCAGCCUCCGCAACCCACUGCAGAAGAAGCUCGCAGCUCUUCAGAGUCCCUGAAGAGCCCUCGGACGGCUCGCUUUGCCGAAGCCACCGCCGUUCAUUCUCCCGUGGACGAGAAUUCCAGACACUCUCCCUUCGCCGACCCUCAACCUCAAGGGAAUGUGGGAGAUGUCGGGUUCGGCUACGUGGCUGCCAAUAACCCUUCCCAGCAUGUGGACGACUCGCGGCCCCCAGCCUCGCCGCUGAAGAGCGCGCUGAGAGUACCUGGGACAGCUCGCACUCUGGACAUAAGGAGCCCAACCUUCCGGGAGGAGUACAUGCUGGAGAAGCAAGAGAAGGUCACGGAGAAGGCGAAUGAGAAAGAUCUGGUAAGAGGACUCCUUCCAAGACGAACAAUCUUUCCCUUUUCUGACAAGUUUCUGCAGAAAAUAAAACUCCGUGUACGGAUCGCCAAGAUCUUCCUGCGCUUCGUCAACUUCGGCUGCAGUCUCAUCGUGCUGUCCCUGCUGGCAGUCACGCUGUCCAUCUUCAACGCAACCAAGACGAUAGAGGCGAGAAACAGUCUCCCCGCCUGGGCGGAGGGCACGAACCCCUGGGCACAGUACAUGCUCCUGGGCAUGUCAUGUGUAUCGCUGUUUGCAUGUAUGAUUGUAUUCUGGGGCUACUACAAGGGUGGACACCGACGCGCCCAGAAGACAGCCGUCUACUACACAACCUUCACCGUCUGCUUCUUCGUUUUCAGUCUGGUCAUGUGGAUAGUCGGCGCAGCGGUCUACGCUCACUCCAAGACGUCACCCAACGGCACGGAUAUGUGGUCCUGGUCCUGUGCGCAGAACACCCGCGAGCAGGACUUCUCCAACGUCGUCAACUAUGCUUUGCUCUGCCGUCUGCAGGACUGGGGUCUCAUGUGCGCCAUCAUUGAAAUUGUCAUCGAAGUUCUGGUAAUCUUGAUCUACGCCGUCGUCGCCUACCGCGUGUGGAGCAAGCGCAAGCUCAUGAAGACCAUGGACCAGCGCGACAGAGCCCGCUCGGAUCUGUACCUCGCCCAGCUGCGUCUGCAGUCUGCCCCCAAUACACCAGGCUUCCCAGGCUUCUCGCCGUACCCGCCCAAGUCCCCAUUUAUUUACUCCGCGCAAUUGGAUCCCUACUCCACCGCCGAGAAGGGCGAGUACCACAAUCCGGCGACCCAGUACGCCUCGCCACGUUCGCCGACCCGUCCAGCGCCGACCUUCCAGCUGCAGGCCCCGCCAAUCAAGGUCCAAGGAGCAUCGCCCCAGAUGGGACAGGGGGAGUUCGCCCCUCCGAACUCAUCUCGAACGCCGUCUCCGCCAUCUUCCCAGCACUCUGGUCCUGUCUCACAGCCUUCUGUUUCUCAUCACUCUGCGGCUGCUGCCGCCGGUGAGCCGAGCUACGGCUCUGUGCCUAUUCCAGGCGCUUAUAGCUAG